UUCACUGAACAGCAACCUUACCCUUGUACACAGAAGAGUUCACUCACGCCGUCGUGAUCCCCUGGAGACGUCGUGAACUAGGUAUCCUACUCUCAGGCUACUUCUCAACCACUCGCUUUGGUUAGCCACUUUGUUGCCAGUCCAGGGCUCUAAGUGUCAUGCAGCAGGCUACUCGGUCCCUUCCAGCUAGCACUUCAGGCAGGAGCCUUUCUGUAAUACCAGCUCGCCGCGUUUCUUCGCGACGAGGUCCACGAUGCCAAGCGUUGGGACCUGACCUGGACGCCAUCGGCGCGGUUAGCCAGGUUUUGACUACUGGAGCUGUAUGUGUUGGUGCCUUCAUGCUAUUGAACCGCCCUGAGCAGCUCCCAGAACAAGACCGCCUGGACAGCCGGAACGCCAAGCCUUGCCCGGUAUGUGGAGGCUCCGGCUUUGAGGCCUGCCUCUGCACGAGAUGGUCAGACGGGGACGUUGGCUGUAACUCGUGCAGUAAGACGGGCUACAUGCGCUGCAGAGGGUGUGGUGGUGGAGGCACGGCCGUCCCGCUCAUGGUGCGCGUGAAGAAGUAAAGCUGCUGUUUGCAAUGGUCUCCAUUUUGGGCCGCCCCCGUUCGUUAUAUGGAAUGUAUCAUUAUACCAUCUUGGACCGCGGCAACUGUCUUGCGCUUAUUCGACUUGACACGCGGCCGUGUGGGACGGCUUUGGGGUGGCUGCCCCUGACGUUCCGUGUAGAUUUAUCCUUUAGGUUAGGUUAAGAACGCAACCAUCGGCAUGGCUUGGUAUAUCUCGUAAUGUCGAUGCGUUAGGGUUUUAGGAGCCCGCACCACCUUUGAACGCGCUUCUGGCUGUUGUGUGAGGGUUUGGCUCCAUGGCUGGUGUCCUGGUAUAUCCACUCAAUUGGGUUUGUCAUGAACGAAAUGCCUGUGUCCGCGCGGCAACAAUACUGCACGCCGGAAACGGUCUGGGAGAGAAGGGCGCCGCACAUUCCGCCCUGCCCACAUCCUCCUCUUUGCAUAUUAGGGUUAGUCAUCUUGGUAGUAUUUCAUGCCAAAGAGGGGUUUGUGUAGAGGGUAGAUGACCUGAGAGAGUGUAGUGUGAAGAAGGCUUUGCAUGUGCCUGGUCGGCAUUUCCUAAGGCUUCUUAUUGACGAUUUGGUAAUUGAGGGGACGCAGUCAUCUGAUGUCCGGAGAAUUUUAUAAAUCACGUCGAAAAGGCAUUGCGGCUGCGCGUGGCGUUUGCGCUAUAUGAUGAAGAAUGCCCCCCUAUUUCUGUUGUUGGUUUUGUCGUCGUCGUUGUGUCUUUUCUGCAGUGGGCAUGGUGCAUGUACCGUACUUUUGUUGUGUAUGGAUGCAGGUGCUUUUCCUCCUAAAUUUCGCCUUGGAACGUGCGCGAGUCAAAGCUGCAUCUGCUGGCACGUGCCUUCCGUUUGGGAAACUCCGCCUCACCCGCUAUACCGGGAAUUGUUGCUGUUGAUGAUGGGUGAUGUUCGGCAUGCGCCAUGCCAGAACGAAAUGGUGUCAAAACGUCUUCUCAUUCGCUAGAGAUAGAUGUUGCUCUGAUGGGGCCAUGUUGGUGUUGGUUAUCUGUCGGCCUAGGUGGCCUUCAAUGGACGGCGAAGAACAGCCUGAAGGCUUGUAAUCCGUG